AGGCUAAUCGCAAACAUGCAGCCGAGUGGUGCCUCCACUUACGACUAUAUAUUUUUCCCGCAUUCGAUCUGUCAGUUUCAAUUUGGCAAACAAGAAGAUAGCAUCGAAGACUAUACUCUAGAGAUGAUCGGAAUUCUACUCAUAGUUACGGCAGUCUCAUUGAUCUACGUCUACCUCAGGUGGACGUUCAGCUAUUGGGAUCGAAAGGGAUUCCCCUCGGCAGGGACCAGUAUUCCAUUUGGAGUAUUGGAUGCUGUGAGGAGAGGAAAGAGGUCCUUUGGCAUGGCCAUCUACGAUCUCUACAACUCCACAAAAGGUCCUGUAGUCGGAAUGUAUCUCACUCUGCGUCCGGCACUGCUGAUUCGAGAGGCUCAACUGGCCCACGAUGUCCUGGUGAAGGACUUCGCCAGCUUCCACGAUCGGGGAGUCUAUGUGGAUGAGGAAAACGAUCCUGUUACCGCCGGCUUGUUUUUUCUGGAAGGAGCCAAGUGGAAGUCCCUGCGAACUAAGCUGACCCCUUCGUUCACCUCCGGCAAGCUGAAGGCCAUGUUCGAGACAUCGGACGCCGUGGGCGACAAGUUAAUAGCCCACUUGAAAGCUGUCGUUCCAAAAACAGGAAGCAUAGAGUUGGAGAUGAAGGCCUGGAUGUCCACAUAUGCCAUCGAUAUCAUAGCCUCAACCAUUUUUGGACUUGAAGUGGACAGUUUCGCGGAUCCCAAUAACGAAUUUCUGCAAAUCAGCAAAAAGUUGAAUCGUAAUAACUUUGAGGACAUUGUUCGAGGCGCCAGCAGCUUCUAAAGGGGGGGGUUGGAGAAAUUCUUCGUUUGGAUCGGAUGGAAACAAGAGGCAGUGGAGCGAAUGCGGGAGUUGACCCACCGCACUGUGGAUCUGCGGGAAAAGAACAAUAUUGUUCGGAGGGACAUGCUCCAACUGUUGCUGCAACUGCGAAACCAGGGACAGAUCAGUUCCGAUGACACAGUGUGGAGUGCCGAGAGCUCCAAGCAAGGAAUCGUGUCCGUGUCGAAGGACUUCAUAGCCGCCCAGCUCUUCCUUUUCUACGUCGCCGGUUUUGAGACCACAGCUGCCACCACAUCCUUCACGCUCUUCGAACUCUCCCAGAACCCCGAGGUGCUGGCCAAGGUGCAGGAGGAUGUCCGGAAUGCCAUCGCGAAGCACGACGGAAAACUGACCUACGACGCCAUCCAGGACAUGAAGUACCUAGAGGCUUGUGUGAUGGAGACCACUCGCAAGUAUCCAGGCCUUCCGCUCCUGAACAGAAUCUGCACUGAGGAUUAUCCAGUCCCGGACACCAAGCUGGUGAUUGAAAAGGGAACUCCCAUAGUAAUCUCCCUCAUAGGCAUGCAGCGCGAUCCUGAGUACUUCCCCGAACCAAUGAGCUACCAACCGGAACGAUAUCUGGAAGAGAACAGGAACUACAACCGGGCAGCCUUCAUGCCCUUCGGCGAAGGACCUAGAGCGUGCAUUGGAGCCCGCAUGGGAAGGGUCAACGUGAAGCUGGCUGUGGCCAAGGUUCUUACCAACUUCGACCUGGAAGUCAGAGCGGAGAAGCAAGAAAUUGAGAUUGGAAUUCAUGGAAUUCCCUUAAUGGCUAAAGAGGGAAUACCUGUUCGUCUUUCCCGUAAAAAUUAGAGAUUAAUUUUGUCUAUUAGUUCUAAAAUAUUAUUAAAAAAUAAAAGUCUCUGUACUCUGUA